AUGGACGCCGACCAACUCGCCCAGCUCGAGCAGACCGCCACGAGCACCCUCGCCCACUCCCAGGGCGAGAUCCCGAGCCUCGGCCAGCUCCAGCGCCUGCUCAGCCAGCUCAGCCAGCGGAAGACCCUCCUCGACAGCCUCCGCAUCCCCACCCAGCAGCCGCCCCCGCCCAAGCCCCAGAAGCUCAAGCUCAUCCACAGCCAGCCGACGACCAUCAAGAUCAGGCGGCCGUCAUGCGACCCAAAGACCCCGCUGGCGCCGGCCAAGAACAAGCGCAAACGGACCCUGCCGCCCGGAUCGGAGCAGGAGCCCGCCUCGCCUGAGACCGCGCUGCAGCCCAAGCCCAGCCCGAGCGGCGCGACGCCCCCGGCGGUGCUGCUCCAGCCGCCGCUGCCGAAGCUGCCCCCGCCGCCCCUGCCGCCCUCGCUCCCUCCGCCGCUGCCCACGGCCGCCGCCCCGCCGCUGCCGCCGCUCCCGCCGCCCCCGCUGCCGCUCCCCGCCCGGCCCCCGUCGCCGCCUGUCGACCCGCUCCCCUCGUCGCCACCGGUCGUCGUCAAGGCCGAGGAGCCCCCGCCCCGCUCCCUGUCGCCCGACGAGCUGCCCCUCGCGCUCGCCUUCGCCGCCCCCCCGCCGCCCUCCCCGCCGCCCCACCUCCCCCCCAUCCCGCCCGCACAGCCCACGCCCUCCCAGCCCCCCACCCCGACGGCGCUCCUCGCCUCCUCCUUCUUCGCCGACCCGCCCCCCGCAAAGCCCAAGCCUCGCCGCAGACCGCCGGCCCCGGAACGUCUGCGCUUCGGCCGCCCCGGCUCCCACCCCCCUCUGCCCGCCCACCCGCACCUCGCCACCCCCAAGUCCGGCGACGUGCACGCCGACUUCUCCCGCACCCGUCCCCCGGCCACCCAGACGCCCACCCACGUGUUCCAGGGAUGGGUGUCGGACCAGUAUCUGCGCCCGUUCGGGGAAGACGACCUGGCGUUUCUCGGCUCCGAGCUGGCCAGCAUCAACGGCUGCCCCUCCGUCCGCGUCCAUCGGCCCCCGUCCGGCGACCAGGCGCCCGACGACGACACCUUCAGGGUGCCCCCGCCCGGCCGCCAUUACGCCGACGUCUGGCGCGACGAGGACCGCGGCCUGCCGCCCCGCCCCGUCGCCCCUGGCCCCGCCCCGUCGCCGCUCCUCCGCGCCUCCGUCAACGCACUCUCGCCCGACGCCCUCGCCUCCGAGGCCGUCCGGCUCGGCCCUCUGGCCGCCCGCCUCGUCAGCGCCAUCCUUCCCUGCGCCCCCUCCUCCUCCACCCAGCCCGAUCGGACCUCGCCCGUCCCGCCCUCCGCCCCGCUGGACAACGUCGACCUCGACCGUCGACUGGCGCACGAGCUUGUCCACCCACAGCCCACCGAAACCGCGGCCGAGGACGACGAGAUCGCCUGCGUCCUGCGGCGGGCGCAGGCGGUGCUCGCACGACAAGCGGCGCUGAACCGGCGGCGCAAACAGACGCUAGCGGGGGCCGUGCGGCGGCGGAUGGCGGUGCAGGAGUUCGACGGGGUGCGUGCGGGCCUGGACCGGCGGGUGUUCCAGCUCUUCCUGCGUCGCCAGACGCUGCUCGGGUCGUCGGGACCGACGAAGGCCGGGCCGUCGAGGGGGGCCCCGCCGAGGGGCAGCCCCGCCAGGAAGAGACGGCCCGACGAGCCGCAGCCGGCCGACGAGGAUGCGCAGAGCAAGAUGGCCAGCCUCGACCGCGCCGCCGCGGCGACGCUCCACAAGCGCCGCAGACUCGUCGAGCGCGUCGGCCCGGUCCUGUUGGCUCCGCCCCUCCCUGGCCCCCUCCCUGGCCCCGACCCUGCACCCGGCCCGUCCGUCUCGGCCAUCCACCGGCUGCCCACCCGCUCCGUCUACGCCCAUCUCGCUGGCCAGGGACUGGGAGUGGACGAGGUGCCUCUGGACGUCGACCGGCGGUUCAUCGUCUGA